AGUUUUCCGUGCGCGACGCUUAUCGCCCGCGGUUUUUGCCCGCCAAACGAUAAUCCGAUCUUGUCCAUUCUCGUGGUUCAAGAGGGGAGCUUUUUUUUUAUCAGCUCUUUUUCCUCUCUUCUUCUCUUCUCCUUCUACAUCCCUGCUUCCUCUUCUUUCUUCCCUUUCAUGAAUUGAAUGUGUGGUAGUUGAGAGACCGUGUCUUAUCUCCUCCACGCUUUCCAUCCCCAUCCCUUCUUUCCCGCGUAUCCUUUGGCCUGGCCAAACCAGCACCGCUGCGGUCCAUUGGCGUCUCCUCCUUAAUUGACCAUGGCUGCGACCUGGUGCGCCCUUCGAGGCGCUCGCCAGCUGGCUCUACGCACUCGAUUGCAUUCUUCCCUGCCUCCUGUGGCUCUCCGCAGAUCCCCGCCCUUCCUCUCCGCUCGUCGCUCCCUGCACACCACCUCAGAACAAUCGGCAACCGCCCGGAGAGCCGUCUACACCAGCUCGGUGACGGACCAUGGUGAUCCUCAUCCUCGAGAUGUCUUCCAGCCCCUCGAUACCUUCCCCCGCCGGCACAUUGGCCCUUCGCCGGACGCUGCGAAGGAGAUGUUGGCAACGCUGGACCCUCCGGUGGCCUCGCUCGACGAGUUCGUGAAACAGGUCCUUCCCACCGACAUUCUGUCGAAGAAGGACCUCGACGUUAGCGCUCCUCAUACCAACGCCAAGUUGGCUCGGGACAAUGUGCAUGGUGGUCUGGGAGAGACGGACAUGCUGAAGCUGCUGGAUACCUAUCGGAAACAGAUCGACGUGUCGGGGAAGACAUACCUGGGCACGGGCUAUUAUCCCACCAUCGUACCCCCCGUCAUCCUCCGUAAUGUCCUGGAGAACCCGGCCUGGUACACCAGUUACACCCCCUACCAGCCUGAAAUCAGUCAAGGUCGUCUGGAAUCGCUUCUGAACUUCCAGACUUUGACGGCCGACCUGACGGGUCUGCCGUUUGCUAAUGCCUCCGUUCUCGACGAAGCCACCGCUGCUGCGGAAGCCAUGACCAUGUCGUUCGCUACUCUUCCCAUGGCAAAGCAGAAGAAGCCCGGCAAGACCUACGUCAUUUCCCAUCUCUGCCACCCUCAGACCCUGGAGGUAAUGCGGUCGCGUGCCGAAGGAUUCGGUAUCAACCUGGUCGUCGGAGAUAUCUUGGCGGACGAUUUCAAGCUGGUCAAGGAGCAGAGUGACAACCUCAUCGGUGUGCUCGCCCAAUAUCCCGACACCGAGGGUGGUCUCUACGACUUCCAGUCGCUGAGUGAUACCAUCCACGCUACUGGCGGUACCUUCAGUGUUGCCACGGACCUGUUGGCCUUGACUGUCCUGAAGGCGCCCGGCGAAUUCGGUGCCGACAUUGCUUUUGGUAGCGCUCAGCGACUGGGUGUGCCGAUGGGCUACGGCGGUCCCCAUGCUGCCUUCUUCGCGUGCGCGGACAAGUACAAGCGCAAAGUCCCCGGACGUGUGGUCGGUGUCUCGAAAGAUCGGUCGGGCAACCGUGCCUUGAGAUUGGCUCUGCAGACGCGAGAGCAGCACAUUCGUCGUGAGAAGGCUACUAGCAACAUUUGCACGGCUCAGGCUCUACUGGCCAACAUGAGCGCCAUGUACGCCGUCUACCAUGGUCCUACGGGUCUGAAGGCUAUUGCGCAGCGCAUCAUGUCCAUGACCACGACUCUGCAGACCAAGCUUGCAGCCCUGGGCUUCAACGUUCCCAUCAAAACCAACGCUGCCGAUGGCGGUGUUGUGUUCGACACCCUCACCGUGGAGCUUCCCAGCAGCGAGGAGGCGCAGGCCAUCGUUGCCGCCGCUCGCGCGCAGCACAUCUUCCUCCGCCAGGUCGCCCCCAAUAAGGUCGGUAUCUCGUUGGACGAAACGGUCGGGCGCGAGGAGGUGAAAUCCAUUCUGCAGGUGUUUGCCACUCAUGCCAACAAGGGCGAGGUCACCCUGGAGGAGGAUCUCGGCCUUGCCCCCAUCCCCGCCAGCUUGGAGCGUACCUCGCCUUAUCUGACCCAUCCCGUGUUCAACACUCAUCACUCGGAGACGGAAAUGCUUAGGUACAUCCACCACUUGGAAUCCAAGGAUCUGUCGCUGGCCCACUCCAUGAUUCCCCUCGGCUCGUGCACGAUGAAGCUCAAUGCGACAUCCGAGAUGAUCCCCAUCUCGUGGCCUGAAUUCUCCCAGAUGCACCCCUUCAUGCCUUCGGACGUUGCCAAGGGCUACACUCAGAUGAUCGACGAUCUGGAGCAGCAGCUGGCGGACAUCACGGGUAUGGCUGAAGUUACCGUUCAACCCAACUCCGGUGCCCAGGGUGAGUUUGCUGGUCUGCGUGUGAUUAAGAAGUACCAGGAGGCCAACGGAGGCUCCAAGCGCAACAUUUGCUUGAUCCCCGUGUCGGCGCACGGAACCAACCCUGCUAGUGCCGCUAUGGCCGGCAUGCGAGUUGUCACCAUCAAAUGCGACACCAAGACGGGCAACCUGGACCUCGAGGACCUGAAGGCUAAGUGCGAGAAGCACAAGGACGAGCUUGCCGCCGUCAUGAUCACCUACCCCAGCACGUUUGGUGUGUACGAGCCCGGCAUCAAGCAGGCCUGCGAGCUCGUGCACCAGCACGGCGGUCAGGUCUACAUGGACGGCGCCAACAUGAACGCGCAAAUCGGUCUCUGCUCCCCCGGUGAGAUCGGUGCCGACGUGUGCCAUCUGAACCUGCACAAGACCUUCUGUAUUCCCCACGGCGGUGGUGGCCCCGGCGUUGGGCCCAUCGGCGUUGCCGAGCACCUGCGCGCAUACCUCCCCUCCCACCCCGGUAGCGAAUACCUGGUGUCUAAGCGCUCGGAAUCCUCCUCGCCCCCGAUCAGUGCCGCCCCCUGGGGUAGCGCCAGCAUCCUGCCCAUCACCUUCAACUACAUCAACAUGAUGGGCGCCAAGGGCCUCACGCACGCGACCAAGAUCACCUUGCUCAACGCAAACUACAUCCUUUCCCGCCUCAAGGAACACUACCCUAUCCUGUACACCAACGAUAACGGUCGCUGCGCACACGAAUUCAUCCUCGAUGUGCGCAAGUUCAAGGAUACCUGCGGCGUUGAGGCGAUCGAUAUCGCCAAGCGUCUGCAAGACUAUGGAUUCCACGCGCCCACGAUGUCGUGGCCCGUGUCCAACACCCUGAUGAUCGAGCCGACGGAGUCGGAGAGCAAGGCCGAGCUGGACCGAUUCUGCGACGCCCUGAUCUCUAUCCGCCAGGAGAUUGCUGCCGUCGAGAGCGGCGCCCAGCCUCGCGAGGGCAACGUGCUGAAGAUGGCACCGCACACGCAACGUGACCUUCUGGCUACCGAGUGGAACCGCCCGUACACGCGGGAGGCCGCCGCGUACCCCGUGUCGUGGCUUCUGGAGAAGAAGUUCUGGCCGUCGGUCACGCGAGUGGAUGAUGCCUAUGGUGAUCAGAACCUGUUCUGCACAUGCGGACCUGUUGAAGAUACCGACUAGAUAUGAUACCCAUGUUACUCUUUACGAAUUGUUUGUUUUUACCUGCCUGUUCUUGUUCUCUUCAACAUUUACACUGAAUAUUUGGUUGGACUUGGGGUGACAUAGUCGCGGUGGUGGCGACACGCAAGAUUCAACAUAAUCCUUAUAGAUACUGGGAUGUGGGCGUUAUAUUCCUUAGACAUACCUAGCAUGAUACAAGAGCUAUGGGACCCUGUCCCUCACUUACUAGCCUUCAACUGUUCUCGACAUACGGAGUAGCUCGUACCUGUAUGAUCAUAGACAUUUAUCUAUAAGACCUUGCUGCAAAGCUAAGCGUUUUAUCUCCAUAGGCAAACUUUAACAAUCGGUGUUCAUACCAGAUCAAAGGUCGGUUCCUUGGUAAAGUUAUCAAAGUCGUGUUUCAUCUCUAUCUUCACAUUCCCUCAGCUCGAUUUAUCGGUAUUCUCUCCUUCUAAGAAUCUUCUUUGCCUAUAUUUAGCUUUUCCGUAGAAUGCGACCCAGCUACUCUACUCUAGCCUUUCCUUCACAAACAGGGUUUCAGCGGAGAAUAGCUGACACUUUUUUCGAUUUUCAAGGAGCCCUGUGAAAGGAAUCUCCUAAAGUCAUAAUCUUUCUUAGUUCGAAUUCUGUAAAAUUUCUUAAAUUUUCUUUUACCUCAUAUAAACGUUAGAGUUACUAAGAGCGUAACCCAAAACUAGGUCAUUAAGAGAUAUCUCUAUAGAGAAUAGUAUUAUCA